AUGGGGUGCAAAAUGAUGCGUUUGGAUGAAAGCUCGCUUGAAACUGCUGAACCUUACCAUAUACCAGGGGAAACUCUUUCUUUGACUAUUUUUAGAUAUUGCGGUUAUUGCCCCCAAUUUAAAUACAAAAUCAAAGAAACCUUUGGUAAAACCACGCACAAACUUUUGACAGCCCCCGGUAUAUCAAGAUCUGAACGCCCUGUCCUUGCUCCCCUCGAACAUGCAAGAGCAGAAACAAAGUGUAAUAUCGAAAAACAAAAUCAGUUAUCACUUUCAAGAGGGAAAAAUCUUGGCGAUCAGAAGUAUGGAACUUUAAUGGUACCUGGAUAUACAGGUUAUAUUCCGAAGGGACAACAUCACUUUGGCGAUCGAUAUGCAGUUUUCAGCAGUAACGCUAUUUCACAGAUGGAAGAAGACCAGCAAAAAUACAAUCAACAGCAACAAAGACUAAGAAAUAUAAUUCAAACGCAGCAAAGUAGAAAGCAACUGAAACCUGUGAUGGAAAAAACAAGGAUGUAUUUCCCAAAAGGAAUUCAACAUUCUUUGUCGCCGUACACAUUUCCAAAUGACGACCCGCGAAAAUACAUGAUGUCUGGCUAUACCGGUUUCGUUCCUCGAUCUAGAGGAAUUAUUGGUAUGGGAUAUCCUAAUGUCACCAAUCAAGCUUUGUGUGAUUUUACAAAUGUUUUUGCAGAAGCUAAGGUUGUCUCCAAGGCACCCAUUGUAUUGAAACGUCCCGAAAGUGUUUACAUCGACACCAAACCGAUUUAUUAUAAGGACUCUGGUAUGGUGCCGCAUUACACCGGACAUGUUCCAGGUGAGAAAUUCCGGUAUGGACGGACAUUUGGUCACAGCACAACAAAUGCAGUUCCGAAGAAUGUUAGCUGUUCCCACUAAGAUAAUUUUCAUUUGACUUGAAAAUAUUUUUCUUCUUAAA